UCAACCCAUGCGAAUAAAUAGAAGAGAACAGGAAAAACUGUUUUUGUGUUUAUAUACCUAGUACUUAAUACGUCUAUAUGUAUCCCGCUUUACAUAUUUAAAAUGAUACACGCCAAAACGAACAAAAGAAUCCAGGAAAUGGCCCAAAAUGAAGACAGAGAUCCCAAUGAUCUUAAUCGACACCUCGAGGUCUCGUGGGAAGACGUAAUUGGAGAACCGGAGGGUGUCCACAGUCCGGAAUUUAUUUGGAAAAUAAGUAACCAAUGCUUCCGCAUAUCAAAGGGAUGCAGCUACAUCCUUUUAACGGCGAUUUUUGCCCCAUUGACAGCCUUCUGUUUCGGAUUUACAUUUGCCUGUUUGGCUUUUAAGCACAUCUGGUGCACCGCUCCCUGCCUCCGAGUUUGGAAGAUAACAUGUACAGCCACGAGAUCCUUCGUAACGCCGUGUAUGGAGGCAAUUACGGUUCCUUUCUGCGAAUCCAUCGGCACCUUCUGGUCCCAAAUAAAAAUCCGGAAACAGAAUCUUCUCCCGGAUAUCAGUCGAAAGGACGAAGUUAUACCUAUCUAA